UUUGAUAAGUUUCUCAUAAUUUUUCUUCAAAACUUUCCUUCAAAAUCUACGAUUCAACAAACACCCCCUCAAUUUUUCUCUUUCUUUCUCUCCAAGUUUCUUUUUCUCUUCAUUGCUGCUUAUAAUGACAAACGACAGGGGAGGUACCGUGGUGUUGGAGCAGAGCGGUAGUCUGAGGCGACCUAAAUUCGGAGCUCUAUUACAUUCCGAUCCGGGUAUGCCUUCCACGAACAACCACAACGACGAAAGCUACUCGAGCAGCCAUCGACAUAGCAUUGCUUACGAUUACCAACACCGCCAUAGCAGCGGUUCGGCUGCGAUGAGCCCCGGAAACUUCGAGACUAGUAGUGCUGCAGCCUCACCGUACGCCAUGUCUCCGUGGAACCAAUCCUCUCCGUACGCGCAAUCUCCGUGGAUAACAUCUUCGCCGUUCAACCCAUUCGAUGAGGGUACUCAUCGAAACGGCCUCAUCGGCUCGCUGGUACGCGAGGAGGGUCAUAUAUAUUCUUUAGCGGUUUCCGGGGAUUUGUUGUACACGGGUUCGGAUAGUAAGAACAUACGCGUUUGGAAGAAUCUCAAGGAGUUCUCCGGGUUUAAAUCCAAUAGUGGGUUAGUCAAAGCCAUUAUUAUAUGCGGCGACAGGACUUUCACCGGCCACCAAGACGGCAAAAUCCGGAUCUGGAAGGUUUCCCACGCUAACAAUUUCAAACGUAAUGGAAGCUUGCCCACCUUCAAAGACUUCCUCAAGAGCUCCGUCAACCCAAAAAACUACGUGGAAGCCAGACGACACCGGAGCGUCGUUCGUAUCAAACAUUUCGACGCCGUUUCGUGCAUGAGCUUGAACGAAGAGCUGGGGUUGUUGUACUCCGGCUCCUGGGACAAGACCAUGAAGGUGUGGCGCAUCGCGAACUCCAAGUGCUUGGAGUCCAUUACAGCCCACGACGACGCCGUAAACGCCGUCGUUGCGGGAUUCGAUUCCUUGGUCUUCACAGGGUCGGCGGACGGAACGGUCAAAGUUUGGCGGAGAGAGCUGCAAGGGAAAGGAACGAAACAUUUCUUGGUCCAGGUAUUGUUGAAGCAAGAAAACGCGGUGACCGCUUUGGCCGUGAACCAAUCGGGCAACGUGGUGUACUGUGGGUCGUCGGAUGGGAUGGUGAACUAUUGGGAACGUGAAAAGCACUUGUCCCACGGCGGGGUCCUGCGGGGCCACAAGCUGGCGGUGCUGUGCUUGGCGACGGGAGGGAAUCUGGUGUUCAGUGGGUCCGCAGAUAAGAAUAUAUGCGUGUGGAGGAGGGAGGAGGAGGGCGGGGCCCACGUCUGCCUUUCGGUCCUGACUGGCCACACCGGGCCCGUCAAAUGCCUGGCCGUUGAGGAAGAUCAGGACUCUGGUGAUACAGGUGAUCAACAGUGGAUAGUGUACAGCGGGAGCUUGGACAGGUCCGUGAAGGUCUGGCGCGUGUCUCAGCACGCUCCGGAUCUGAGGCAGAUGAGGAUUGCGGAGCACGCGAGUAAUGGGAAGCCUGCAGGCGCAGUGAGAGGGAGCCAGAACAGGAGGCAGCAUAGCCAUCAAAGCUAAAAAAAAAUAAAAAAGGACACAGAGAGAUUUACAUAAUAAAAGAAAGUGAAAGCUGGCGCUCCUUGAAUGGACUGUGACGUUCACGCGAGUCACAGAUGGUGGUCCUCCGAAUAAAAGGCGGACGGUGAUAGAUGAGGAGUAACGUGUGAGCACAGCGAUUAUAUAUAGUACUGGUUAUGCAAUGUCUUCUUCAGCUUUCAUAUAUAUGCGCAGUUGCAUCAGAAGAAACGAGUUGAAGAAGAAAUGUCAAGAAGCUUUCGCUUUGCGACAAGAAGAUUUGCCUUGCCAGAUGGGUCUCUCAUUACUUUCACAAUUUUGGGUUCAGAGAAUAGGUCAAAACAAAGUGAUAAUUUAAGCAACUAAAUUGUCUGUUAUAUAUAUAUAUGAUGCCAUUAUAGAAGAACAAAGGAGUUUUCUUUGGCGCUUCUAUUGAUGAGUAGUAGCAUUUUGUGUCAAGUCUGGAAUGUCUUCCAUAUAUGAGUAUAGGGGUUCCGAAUUGAAAGAACAAAGAAGAUCGAGUGGAUGUAAAUAUUUUAGUUUCUUCAUUUUUCUCUUUAGUCAUGUAUCAAACUUGACAAGUAUACAAGCAAUAAGAAUGCUAAUUUAGAUGUUAAA